CUCGGGCUCAAUCCUGAUGAUGAUAUCGGCUUGGUCGAGACUACUGCUGUGGAGGUUGAAGGUCCGACCAACGAAAAUCACAGCAAUGCGGUCACCAGCUUUUCCGCUUCAGGCUCCUCUGAUAACUGCUUUUCAACACUCACCUUUCCCUCAGUGCCGAUGUCAGAACAACAAGCUCAAGAAUACAUACAGCAAGCUGAAAAGAAGUUGAACGGAUGGGGCUGGUUUGGAGGGGGUAACAAAUACGAAGACGCUGCCGAGCUUUAUGCCAAAGCCGGAAACACAUUCAAACUUGCAAAGAGAUGGAUUGAUGCAGGUGAUACUUUCAUGAAGGCGGCAGAACUCCAUAAAAAAGUCGCAGAUUCACGUUUUGAAGCUUCUCGCGAUUACGAAAACGCUUCAAAGUGCUAUAAGAAGUCAAAGCCAGAAGCUGCCGUGGGAGCUUUACUGGAGGCUAUAAACAUCGAUAAAGAAAUGGCAAAUUUCAGAAUCGCUGCUAAACAUCAUAGUGAAGUAGCAGAGAUUUACGAAAAUGAUCUUGUCGACUUACCUGCUGCUCUCGAUAACUGGGAUAAUGCCGCUCAACUGUAUCUUGCAGAUGAUUCACCAGCAAUGGUCAGCAAGUGUACUCUCAAGGCUGCACACCUCGCUGCUGUACUUGGACAGUAUGAUAAUGCUAUUGAGAAGUUUGAAAGCGUUGCAGCUGCUUCAGUGGACAACCAGUUGACGAAGUGGUCAGUUAAGGAAUACUUCUUGAAGGCUGGUCUUUGCCAACUUUGUACAGGGGAUACUGUUCGAGUUCAACAAGCGUUGGAGAAAUAUUGCAAUAUGGAUGUAUCUUUUGAAAGCACUCGAGAAUACGAGUUUUUGCAGGACAUUCUUGAAUGUGUCGAAAACGAUGAGGUCGAUCUGUUCACACAAAAAGUGUAUGCUUUUGAUGAAAAGACUAAACUGGACAAUUGGAAAACCAGUAUUCUUCUCAAGAUUAAGAAGAGUAUGGCAGAGGAGCCUUCUCUAAUGUAAUGGAACUUCCCCAAAUGACAUGUAUCAUAUUAUUAUCUACACCAGAAACUCGUUCAGUUCUGUUGCUUCGCUUUCGUUACCUCUAUGCCAAA